AUGGAGCCUACAGAGGAUUAUUCUUUUCCUCCCGCCUCUUUUAAGCCUCUCUUAGCUGAGAUUUCCGGACUUUUGAGGUCGACCUCGUCGACCAUUGCAGUGGCAGAAACUACAACGGGUGGUCUCGUGUCAGCUGCCCUGUUGUCUGUAUCUGGAGCAAGCAAGUUCUUUGUGGGAGGAGCGACAGUGUACACUACGAAGUCACGGAAGGCUUGGGCGGGCUGGACUGACGAAAACUUGGUGAACUACAAUGGACCCACACCAGAACUCGUCACAGGCCUUGCAGUGAAUGUCAGGGAGCAGAUGGGUGUCACGUACUGCAUCGGGGAGUCGGGUGCUACAGGUCCUACCGUCCCUGGACCGCCGUUUGUCCAUGUAGCAGGGCAAACAUGCAUUGCUGUCGUGUCUCAGGACGGCUUUGCGACUCGUGUCGUGGACACGGGUGUCGCAGAUAGAGAGAAGAACAUGGUAGCUUUUGCGAAGGCAACCCUAGGGUUGCUCAGGGACGUUCUUGCAGGAGAGGUUAAACUGGAGCAGUGGAGUCAGCCUGGAAGUUCGGAGCCUGCCAAAUUUUGA